AUGAGCUUCAGAAGGGCAAUAAAAAAGUUUGUCAUCAUCACCUCAGCCGUUGCUGGUGGCACGGCAUUCAGUUUUUGGUACAUUUCCAGAUCACCUGCUAACUUGUAUAAAUCAGAAGAAUUGUUGCAUGCUACUGACUCCUACUUGAAAAUUUCUCAAGGCCCUUUGUUAACCAGAGGAGAACAACUGAAAGAUCUUCAGAAAAAUGAAUAUGAUAUUCUCAUCAUUGGAGGGGGUGCCACUGGUUGUGGCAUUGCUCUCGAUGCAACCACACGCGGCUUGAAAACAGCUUUGGUUGAGAAAUUUGAUUUUUCCUCUGGAACAAGCAGCAGAAGUACAAAGUUGAUACACGGAGGGGUGCGGUACCUGCAGAAGGCCAUCAUGAACCUUGAUGUUGAGCAGUACAGAAUGGUGAAGGAGGCACUGACAGAAAGAGGAAACUUGCUGAAUAUUGCUCCUCAUUUGGCCCAACCUCUCCCUAUCAUGCUUCCAGUUUACAAGUAA